UUAGCGGAAGUUCCUUUUGUUGACCAUAGGAUAUUUGUUUUCGGCCUCUCAUUAGAACCACGUAUUUGCUCUAUUUGUCUUGUUUCUAUUCCUUAUUAAUUUGUGGAAUUUUUGGUGCUACGUCAACGGAGGAAUAACUCACACUGAACCGGAGAGUUUCAUAUAGAAACCGAACCACUGUCUCGACUGUAGUCGGCCCGAGGCUGGGCUAACGUUAGCCUAGCAUCCGCUGAAGUCCUGCUAGCUAGCGUUAGCUUGUGUUAGCUGUCACUCGAGCUGUCUUAAAAGUCAGCUGUUCUCUCACUUUGCUCAUUUAUAAGAACGGUUGAAAGACAGACGCGAAAAACAUGGCAGUUGUCAACGAAGGCGCCCUGAAGAAAAUGCUCAAGCAAUACAAAUACAGAGAUUUGACUGUUCGUGAGAUAACCAAUGUCAUCUCCCAGUACAAGGACUUGAAACCAGUUAUGGAUGCUUAUGUGUUUAAUGAUGGCUCCACCAGAGACCUGAUGAGCUUGACAGGGACUGUCCCUGUGAGCUACAGAGGCAACGUCUACAACAUCCCAGUGUGUUUGUGGUUGCUGGACACGUAUCCCUACAACCCUCCUAUAUGCUUCGUCAAACCUACCAGUGCCAUGAUGAUCAAAACGGGCAAGCACAUUGACGCCAAUGGCAAGAUCUACCUGCCUUAUCUGCACGAGUGGAAGCAUCCUCAGUCCGACUUGUAUGGUCUAAUUCAGGUAAUGAUUGUUGUGUUUGGAGAGGAACCCCCUGUGUUUUCUCGCCCCACCACACAAGCCCCCUACCAAUCCUUUCAAGCAGCGGGACCCCCCAAUCCGUCGUACAUGCCUGGUAUGCCUGCAGUCUCCCCCUAUGGCCCAAAUCCUAACUCUGGAGGCUACCCAGGUUACCAGUACCCAGGGGGAAACUCUUACCCAGCCACUGCUGGACCUGCACACUACCCCACCCAGACUCCAGUGUCCACAGUGGGCCCAAACAGAGAUGGUACUAUUGGCGAGGACACCAUUCGUGCAUCUCUGAUUUCAGCAGUGAGCGACAAGCUUCGCUGGAGGAUGAAGGAGGAGAUGGACAGAGCUCAGGCAGAGCUGGAUGCCCUGAAGCGAACAGAGGAGGACCUAAAGAAAGGACAUCAGAAACUGGAGGAGAUGGUCUCAAGACUGGACCAGGAAGUGACUGAAGUUGACAGGAACAUUGAGCUGCUGAAGAGAAAGGACGAGGAGCUGAGUGAGGCCCUUGAGAAAAUGGAGAACCAGUCAGAGAACAAUGAUAUCGAUGACGUCAUUGUGCCCACAGCUCCGCUGUACAAACAGAUCCUGAACCUUUAUGCUGAAGAAAAUGCAAUUGAGGACACAAUCUUCUAUCUGGGAGAAGCCCUCCGCAGAGGCGUCAUAGACCUGGAAGUUUUCCUCAAGCACGUACGUCUUCUGUCCAGGAAGCAGUUCCAGCUUCGUGCUCUCAUGCAGAAAGCCCGCAAGACUGCCGGUCUGAGCGACCUCUACUGACACAUUGACUACCUGGAAACAUUCAUAUCUUUACGCUCUCUUACUCUCUUCUCUUCCUCCCGUUGUUUUAUUCUCUGUUUCAUGUUUCCCUGUAAAUCAACGAGCUACUCAUUCUAAAAUUCUAAAAAUCAUUUGUCAUGAGACAGAAAUCUGAACAGCAGCCACAGAGACGGAAUACGUUUAUGCAUAAUUGUAAGAUGUCAAACUGUGGCCACAGUUGUAGUAUGACGCCAUUUGUGUUUUGAUUCUAUCAGGUCAUUCUGCAGUAGCAAACAUGACCCAGACAUGACAUUGUUCCUUUUGUGCCCCAGUAUUCUCUAAAUACCACUGUCGCCACUGUGAAUCAGGUACUGUGGUUGGCAAGAAAACCUGCUCAACACACAUGCCAUACUGGUGAAGAUCAGGUGCAAGCCUGCUGUGUGUACAGUGUAUGUGACUUUUGCCCAGAGUGUUUGUGCUGUAACUGGGCUGGCGUACAGCGAGUUUGUGUGUCGACCUGUGUACAGUAUGCUGCACUGCAGGGCCGCCCACAGGUUCGAUUAGUAAUCCCUUUCACCAGACAAAGUCAUUUGGCUAGUAAGCACAAAUGCAUGGGCUAGGAGAGAGGGGCUUUGUGCAGAGCCCCGUAUGUCCACGCCAUUCAUUAUGAAAAGAGUUGGCCCUGGUGUAAAAACCCAGAGCAACUUUUCAGGAAGGACAGGUUCAGCCUCAGGAUUUAUGCUGUGAGUUCUAGGUCAGGUUCAGUAGCCAUGGAGUCGAAGGGAUCGCUUUUUAUACAGUAGAAGUGACGAAAAACAUGAACCUGAACUGUCUUGUUUGGGUCACUUACCGAGCUGAAAUGAGAGCUCUUAUGCCUCGUGCCCACAACACUACACGUUUCCCCUUUUUUUUUCGUGUCUCGUUGUGAGUCAGGUUUGUGUGUCAGCUGCUCAGGUCUACCCUCCAGUCUGACUGCAUUAACCAGUCAAUCAUGUACAGUGGUUGUUGGACUCUGUACAAAGUUUUUAAAAAAAAAGCUUUGUGAGUUGGAUGGCAGCCUUGGCAUACUUACUUCUAAGGUAUUACAGAAGAAAUUCUCUGUUGUUCUUUUUUGUUUACUUCUCUUUUAUUUCCUUGUGCUGUCCACUUAUUCUCAGUCCUCCUGAGAAGUUUAGGUUUUCAGUAAAAGUAAAGUAAAGGUUGUGAAUAAAGCCGAGUGUUGGAGGGUACAGAAACAAAAACUAUUGUACUAAUCAGAAAGUUAACUUAUGUAAAGUUUGGUCUCUUUUAAAUUAGCCUUUUACUAAAUGCACUUUGAAUUGUAUGAUAGGAUAUCUACUGUUAUUUUUUUUUUUCUUGUUUUCAGUUCAACCAUAGACCACCUGUUCUUUUAUAUCUGUAGAUUUAUGUAAAUCAGUACAAAUAAAGGAAAUCUGAUUUAAUGGCUCA